ACUGAAGCUAUUGAAUUUCAUAAUCAACAACUUGUGGUUUGUUUUGCAUUGCGAAUUUUUCUCUGUUUCUGUGCUAGAAAGCAAUGGAUGCCUUCACUUCCUUUUACGAUUCAAGAAGACGAUGGAAUUACGAUACUCUCAAGAACUUCCGUCAGAUUUCUCCGGUCGUUCAGAAUCACCUCAAGAAGGUUUAUUUCACCUUAUGUUUCGCCGUGGUUGCUGCUGCUGCUGGAGCUUACCUGCAUGUUCUCUGCAACAUUGGCGGUUUCCUUACUUCAGUGGCGUGUGUGGGAAGCAGUAUUUGGUUACUUUCAACUCCUCCUUAUGAAGAGCAAAAGAGGAUUACUUUGUUGAUGGCUGGGUCACUGUUUCAGGGUGCCUCUAUUGGACCCUUGAUUGAUUUGGCUAUUCACAUCGAUCCAAGCCUCAUCUUUAGUGCAUUUGUGGGAACUUCCUUGGCCUUCGCAUGUUUCUCUGGAGCAGCUUUGGUUGCAAGGCGCAGGGAGUACCUGUACCUUGGUGGCUUGGUUUCUUCUGGGUUGUCUAUUCUUCUCUGGUUGCACUUUGCUUCUUCCAUCUUUGGAGGUUCAACAGCUCUCUUUAAGUUUGAGUUGUAUUUUGGGCUUUUGGUAUUUGUGGGUUACAUUGUAGUGGACACGCAACAAAUAGUUGAGAAGGCACACUUUGGCGAUCUGGAUUAUGUGAAGCAUGCGUUGACCUUGUUUACUGAUUUGGCUGCAAUUUUCGUCCGGAUUCUUGUUAUCAUGUUGAAGAAUUCAUCCGCGAGAAAUGAGAAGAAGAAGAAGAGGAAAAAUUAAUUUUCUCGCUGAUCAGCUUGACCUUUCUCCUCGCUUAUUCUGUGGAGAUUACAUGAAACAGUUGUCUAUGAAGUGUUGUUACUUCUUGAACUUGUUCCUACUGUGCAAUUAGUCGUGUGUCUGCUUUAUAUCAGUAGUGCAUGUGGGAUAUGUUUUUAAGCUUUUCUAAUAAGAGAAAUUCUUACAUAACGUUAGUUUUGAGGAUGAAAAGGGAGAGAGAAAUGAAGUGGGGGAGAAUUCAAUGGUGAAAGAUCCCUCACAAGUUCUUACUUCAGGACCAUGUGAGAAUUUUUCUCCAAAUAAUCGCUAACCAAUCGACAAUUAUUAUAGAUAUUUUGUUUAUACAUGAAGUAGAGGAAUUCUUGUAUACUAUUAACACUAAAUCGAUUAACAUUAAAUGAU